AAGUGAUCUCUUAUUUCCCCCCCCAGAUCUUUAUAUAAAGAGUGCAGCUUAGAAAUGUAAGUAUGUAUAAAUGAGGAUUCAGCGCCCUCUAGUGGGCAAUGUGGUACAGUGGUUACAGUGGACUCGUUGCUAUUGGCAACAAGUAACACUAACUGCAGGUCAGGCAGCUGUAGCGAGUUAACGCUGGAUAGUAACUUUUAUUUUGUUGUUUUUCUGUUAUUAUUAGGCUUACAGCAUAUAAAUAACUGUAUUUGAGACUAGUUCAGGUUCGCUAAUUUAAUGUAGAGUCUUGAUAGGUAACGUAUUCCUGCAUUAUCGUGUCUAAAAGCUGUUUUUAGUUAUUUAUCUAUAGGAAGGUUUAAGCUCCCUUCUAAUAAAGCUGUUAACCAUGGAGCAGAAUGCUGUUCUUCAGCAGGUCAGCCAGUUCUGGUCUAUUUUAGACGACAUGUCUCAGAAUAAUCCUGAAGCCUACAGGACGUUUAUUCAGCGGCAUCUACGAGAGGGAGCGGACUGUUUAUCCCCUCCACAGCCGCACUGCUGCAUCAGCACUUCUAUACAGAGGCCAGAAAAGGGAAUACUGUAUGUAAAUUUGUGUGGAUGGAAACGAGUGCCUGCACCCACCUCUCCUACUCAGCCCAUUCCUGUGUGUGGUGGAAAACUGGAAACUAUUAAGGAAAAGAAUGAAAAUUAUUCCAUAGUGGAAGUGGCAUUUAAUCCUGAGGUUCUUCAGAGAGCUGAGGAAAACACACAGGAGAAGGAGCAGAUCCAUCUACUGGCUUUGAGCUUCAUACAGCAGCAGCACAAACUCAGUCUGUCUCAGCAGGUCAUGAUCACUAAAACCAAACUAAAGGGCACCGUGCAGAAUAUGAUACGCCGGCUUACACCACAACAACAACAAGACAAAUCCAGCCCCUCCAAACCACUAACAGAACCUGCCUCUUCACUUCUACAGCAGAUCUCCUCUCUGAGAAUGGAAGAGAAUAAAGAGGACUCCAGUAUUCAGCUGAGUGUGGGACAGGAGGAAGGCAAGGCUAAGUCUGGCCUGAUUGAGGUGAUCUCCAGUACUGAUUCAUCCAAACCCCAGCAGCCAAAACACCAAAUCACCGUCUGUUCUGAGAGCAGCGACUCGAGCUGGAUCUUAAAGCUGAAUGUGGAGCUUCCAGGAGUUUGCUCUGUCUCCCAGUGCCAUCUCAGCAUCACCCAGGAUGAUGUUCUGCUGGAAGUGGAUGAUAUGUAUUAUCUUCAUCUUCGGUGGCCUGAAUCCGUCAAUGAGGAGACUUGUUGUGCAGCAUUCCACAAAAAGAAACACAUGCUGAUUGUUACUGCUGAUUUACUGUAAACGACAUAUGAAUAUUCUCAACAAACUGCACUGACUCCUCUACUGCUUCAUGGUAAGCUGAUGGCAACCUUUCACAGGACAAGCAACAAGACUCACAUCCCCUUUAUCCCAUCCCAUCAUUCAAAAAAUUAUAAUAAAAUAAAAAAGGGCACCAACACAAGCCCAAUCCAUUAUUGAUUCACCCCAAGCAUAACAGUUAGAGAUGGGUCCUAAAUAUAACCUUCUGCACCUUUUUCCCCAAACCUACCCUAAGCAUUUUGUAUCAGUCUCGAUCAGAUUUAUUUCUUAGAAAACCUCUGAUGCUGAGUUUUGAGGAUGAGCAUACUAGAACAGUUUCCUUUCUAUUACUUUUGCAGGAAGGUCAUAUUUCUGCAGAUAUCACUGCAUAGUAGAACAGUGUAGCACCACUUCAGAGUCUAAAGCCCUAACAGGACACGAUUAGUUUUUCAGGGGGACGUCUGUGAAGAAUAUUUCCCAUUUCGGACUGUAAAUGAAAAAACAGGAGGACCAGUGAGUUUUUUUUAGGCUGUUUUUCUCGGUCACAUGACAUCACGUUCAGUAGCUCCUCCAUUUCCACUCACUGUUGUGGUUUUACGUAAAUCUCUGUGAAAACUGUGGUGUGCCCAAAGUGUAAUUACGGUGCACAGCAGUGGACAAAUAGCUAUUUUAUUAAAGGUGAGGAGACGAAACUCAGAGAUGUGUGUCCAGACGUGACUAAAAUUACCGGAGGAGCACGGAGUUCAGAGAAAAACAGUAGAUAAUUCAGCCUGUAAUUUUCUCAGAGGACGUCUGAGAAAAACACAGACAUGGUCGUUCUGGACGGGAAUAAAAUCACAGAGGAUAAAAACCCCCAUAAAAAAAAAAUGUCCCAAGAACCCUCUGAGAAACUAAUUUCGUCCAGAUAGGGCUUAGGAUUUUCCUUUCAGUCUUUUAAUUUCAAUUAUAGAAUCAAAGUAUGUAUAAAAGAAACCUUGAUAAAAUUGAUUUGAUGCACAAAUGUAAAAUGUUUUAUUGAAGGUGCUCCUAUCCUUUCCUUUUUUAACUUUAUAACUGGACAAAAAGCAAAACUCACAUAGUAAUCUUGCUUAAAAUGGAACUUAAAAUAUGCUUUAAAGAGUUCAUUAUCUUUUCAACAGAUAAUCAACAGAUAUUUUUAACACCACCUCACUGUUACUACACUAAUUGUCCAUUUGAUCAACUCCAUUUACCAUAUAGAUGCACUAUAUACGUAAUUCUAUAAUUACAGAACUAUAUAGUAUAGUGGUUCUGUUUGUGUGCAUACAUUAUUAUCUUUUUUUUACUCUGUUUUUCAAUGGUCAGGUCCUGGCCAUUGAAGAACUUAGUAUGUCUUUGUUUACUUACAUUAUCAGUUGUCUCAGUGUAUUUUAAUUGCAAAACACAUAAAACCCAAUAAAUAAAAUGUUUAAAAAAACAUA